AUGCAUACAGGGAGGGGUUAAAAUGGCCGGCACUGCACAUUCUCAAAAAGUUGGCUCUCACACCUGAUGCUCGUUAUCAAAUGGUUCACAAAGUUGCCGGGUCACUUUUCCGUGGACUUUUUUUUUUUUUUAAACAGUGUUGCCUUGGUUUUUGCGUCUCUCUUUUUAUGCGUAACAGCCCAAGCGCGGCCAUCCUUCAGAGGGGCGAUCAACUCGGAUCUGGGAUCCACCAACACCAGCCGGAGAUGCCUGGUUGUAGUGGACUCUUAAGUAUCCAGAGGCAAUGUGGAGGGGAGAAACCAUCUGGUUCCAAGGAUGUAUAGCUACACAGCAGGGACUAGAAUUAAGAUGCUCUGGUUUCAAGGAAAUAGGCAACUUGCCGAACACUCCUUUCAACUGCUCUUGAGAAAUCUGUCUGCCUCUAAGACUGUUCUGCCUGUACUGACCUUAUUCACAAAGGAUCCGUGCCCCCUUUGUGAUGAAGCCAAGGAAGUACUAGAGCCUUAUAAAAACAGGUUUAUUUUACAGGAAGUGGACAUCACACUUCCAGAAAACUCUGCUUGGUAUGACAGGUAUAAAUUUGACAUCCCCGUCUUUCAUUUGAAUGGCCAGUUUCUGAUGAUGCAUCGAGUAAACAUCUCAAAACUUGAAAAACAGCUCCAGAAACUUGAGCAGCAAGGUGCAGGAGGCUGAUGAACGCCCUCCUGAUUUUCCACCCUCUCUGUCCAGAGCUCAUCUUCCUGAGGAAAUGACUGCGCCCUCAUGCUCCUUUUGUCACUUUCACACAGCUCUGAACUCAGUGGUGCCAAAUAAAUGGGGACACGGGUUCCAGCCCUGAUCCGGGAAGAUCACACAUGCUGCGGAGCAACUAAGCUCAUACACCACAACUACUGAGCCUGUGUUCUAGAGCCCGCAAGCCACGACUACUGAGCCCAUGGGCCACAACUACUGAAGCCCGCAUGCCUAGAGCCCAUGCUCUGCAACAAGAGAAGCCACAGCAAUGAGGAGCCUGUGCACUGAAAUAAAGAGUAGUCCCAGCUCUCUGCAACUACAGAAAGCCGGCGCACAGCAACGAAGACCCAAUGCAGCCAAUAAAUAAAUUAAUUAAUUAAUUAAUUUUUUUAAAAACUGCCUUUUCCUCUUAAAAUCACACCAUUGCAAUUUCAUCUAUAGUAAAAUUCUUUUGUGAACUAUUUCAAUGAUUUGGAUAUUGUGAGUCACUUAGCUAGAUUUUAACUUUAUCAGUAUGAGUUAGUCUUCAAAAUUAGAGAAUUUUAAAGCUGGCCAACCUUAGACAUUGUUUAGUCACACCCCCCUCAUUUUAUACAUGAAGAGGACUCUGACAUUCACAGAAUUUCAGGAAGUUAGCUAAGAUCACACAGCCAGUUAGAUGUCAGGCCAGGUCUUGCCAUCCACCCCAGAUUUCUUGUACUACCUGGGAUCACUGCGGGGUCCUCGUGUUAUCUCACAUAAAGCAUUCUUAACCAUUCUGGAUCUAACACAAAUUAAGAAACAACUUUAAAAGCCUUCCAAAGUAACAGUAGGAAAAAAAAUCUUGCAACUGAAUGCCACUGUUUCUAAUUUAUACAUUUUUUAACACAUCUGAUUUGAUUUUAUAAAUAUUCAUUGAGCCCUGUGGUAGCACAAUUCUAGGAUGACCCCAAUGAACCAUUACCCUUGUAUUCCCUCCACCUUUGAAUAUGGGUGGGACUUACAGAUAUGAUGAAAUAUUCCUGCUGUGAUUAUGUUACA